GCCCCCAAAAAAAGGAAAGAAAGACGAUUGAUUCAUCUGAUUCCCUUCGCUUUCCGCAGAGAAACACAAUGUCGUGAAAAAAAGCUCGAUCCUUUCUUUUAGGGUCUCACCAACAACGAAGAGAUCUCUCGUCUCUCUCGCAAAAACAAUGUCUCGCCAAGGUCUAGAGAUUAAGGUCGUGCCGCCGACGAACAACAAUGUCUCCUCCGCCGCGGGAAGAGACUCUCCGGGGAGGAGGAGGAGGGGGGAACGCACUUCUUUCGCGGAGUUUAGGCCUUUCAAGCUUUGGUUUCCGUGGCUGGUUCCAGCAAUCGUGGUGGCUAACAUUGCUCUCUUCGCCAUCUCGAUGUUCAUCAACGAUUGCCCUAAGAACUCGGCUAAGUGCUCCGCUAGGUUUCUCGGCAGAUUCGCGUUUCAGCCUAUGAAGGAGAAUCCUCUUCUGGGUCCUUCUUCUACUACAUUGGAGAAGAUGGGAGCUUUAGAUGUACCAAUGGUGGUGGAUAAGCACCAGGUGUGGCGCUUGUUCACUUGUAUAUGGCUACAUGCUGGUGUUUUCCAUGUCCUUGCCAACAUGUUGAGUCUUAUCUUCAUCGGUAUUCGACUCGAGCAAGAGUUUGGAUUCGUACGCAUUGGAUUGCUGUAUAUGAUUUCUGGAUUUGGUGGGAGUUUGUUAUCAUCUCUCUUUAACCGGGAUGGUAUAUCCGUUGGCGCCUCUGGUGCAUUAUUCGGUUUGCUUGGUGCUAUGCUUUCAGAGCUUCUCACUAACUGGACUAUCUACGCAAAUAAGUUUGCAGCUCUUUUGACUCUCAUCUUCAUCAUAGCCAUUAAUCUAGCAGUAGGUAUACUUCCACAUGUAGACAACUUUGCCCAUCUCGGAGGAUUCACCUCCGGGUUUCUUCUAGGCUUUGUUUUCUUGAUCCGUCCUCAGUAUGGAUAUUUCAACCAGAGGAACAACCCUCGUGGCUAUGCUGCACCUUCUGCUAAAUCCAAACACAAGCCCUAUCAAUACGUUCUCUGGAUCACCUCUUUAUUGCUUUUGAUAGCAGGAUAUACUGUUGGGCUCAUUGUGCUUCUUCGAGGGACGGAUUUGAACAAGCAUUGUUCUUGGUGCCAUUAUCUCAGUUGUAUGCCUACGUCUCUAUGGAACUGUAAAUCUCAAAAUGUCUACUGUCAGUCGAGCCAGAUUGGGAAGCAGAUGAACUUGACGUGUGUAGCUAACGGUAGAACAGAGAUGUAUACCCUUGGUAACGAGAACCAGUCUCAGAUUCAGCAGAUGUGUUCCCAACUAUGCAGCUGAUACCACUAAUUAAUACUCUUUGUAGACAGUAGAGAAAGGGACAAACAUUGUUCACUUAAUUUGAUUAUUCUUGUUGAUCAUUAUUGUCUGGUUCCACUUUCUUGUUUCAUUGCUUAUGUAAGAGACCAUAAUCAGAUUAUUUGAUUUAGUAACAAUGAAGCUGAGGGUAAAAGACAACUCUUGUUGCGGUGCAGACCAAUGAACCUCGUCAUCAACUUUGUUUUAUAUGUCAAUGCAUUGAAUAUAGUACGUGUGGG